CUGAACCCGGGAUUCUCCAGUCCGCAGGCCGUCACUCCAACCACUGAGCCAAACUGGCCAGGGCUCCUUUUAAAUUUAAAAUACAAUUUCUGGCAUGCCAUUAGGAUAUCUAGGAUGUUCUCAAAUAGUGAUGAAGCUGUAAUCAAUAAAAAGCUUCCCAAAGAACUCCUAUUAAGGAUAUUUUCUUUUCUGGAUGUUGUUACCUUGUGUCGCUGUGCUCAGGUCUCCAGGGCCUGGAAUGUUCUGGCUCUGGAUGGCAGUAACUGGCAGCGAAUUGACCUAUUUGACUUCCAGAGGGAUAUUGAGGGCCGGGUAGUCGAGAAUAUUUCAAAAAGAUGUGGGGGUUUUUUACGAAAGUUAAGUCUUCGUGGGUGUCUUGGAGUAGGAGACAAUGCAUUAAGGACCUUUGCACAAAACUGUAGGAACAUUGAAGUACUAAAUUUAAAUGGGUGUACAAAGACUACAGAUGCUACAUGUACUAGCCUUAGCAAGUUCUGUUCCAAACUCAGGCACCUUGACUUGGCUUCCUGUACAUCAAUAACAAACAUGUCUCUAAAAGCUCUGAGUGAGGGAUGUCCACUGUUGGAGCAAUUGAACAUAUCCUGGUGUGACCAAGUAACCAAGGAUGGUAUCCAAGCACUAGUGAGAGGCUGUGGGGGUCUCAAGGCCUUAUUCUUAAAAGGCUGCACACAGCUAGAAGAUGAAGCUCUCAAGUACAUAGGUGCACACUGUCCUGAACUGGUGACUUUGAACUUGCAGACCUGCUUACAAAUCACAGAUGAAGGUCUCAUUACUAUAUGCAGAGGGUGCCAUAAGUUACAGUCUCUUUGUGCCUCCGGCUGCUCCAACAUCACAGAUGCCAUCCUGAAUGCUUUAGGUCAGAACUGCCCACGGCUUAGAAUAUUAGAAGUGGCAAGAUGUUCUCAAUUAACAGAUGUAGGCUUCACCACUCUGGCCAGGAAUUGUCAUGAGCUUGAAAAGAUGGACCUGGAAGAGUGUGUUCAGAGUCUGUCUCACUGUGAGCUGAUCACAGACGAUGGAAUUCGUCACCUGGGGAAUGGGGCCUGUGCUCAUGACCAGCUGGAGGUGAUUGAACUGGACAACUGCCCACUAAUCACAGACGCAUCCCUGGAGCACUUGAAGAGCUGCCACAGCCUUGAGCGUAUAGAACUCUAUGACUGCCAGCAAAUCUCACGGGCUGGAAUCAAGAGACUCAGGACCCAUUUACCCAAUAUCAAAGUCCACGCCUACUUCGCACCUGUCACUCCACCCCCAUCAGUAGGGGGCAGCAGACAGCGCUUCUGCAGAUGUUGCAUCAUCCUAUGACAGUGGAGGUGGUCAGCCUUGGCGAACUGAGUAUUUAAUGACACUUCUAGAGUUACUGUGGAGUCUCCAGUGGAAGUGACCCCAGUGUUCUGGGCAAGGAUUACAAAGUGAGGCAGCGUCCAGAUUCCCAGAGCCACACAUACAUACACAUACCCACCCACUCUAGCUCUGUGACCAGGGGACUGAAGAUUGUGCUGGCUUUAUCAAGUGGAUUGGUAAAACUUAACCAUUCCUGUUGGACGUACCCAGAAGAAAAUCAUAGGCAAGGUAGGGGAAGGGGGCAUUCCAGCAAACCCAGUGUUACUGCUACUACGGUUUCUUUAUUUUGUUAAAGGGUUUAUUUGGUGAUUUUGGAAUAGCAACAGCAGUCCUCCAGGGUCAGGGAAAGCAUAGAAAAACAAUAUAUGUUGUAUCCAGGGACCAGAAAGAAAAUUUCUUUGCAUCCUAUAAAUGGUAGCCAUUUGUUGUGAGAUGACUACAGAGCUUCUGUGCUUCUCGUUCCCAUGCCAACAUUCUGAGCAUGCUCACAAAGAAGGCUCCUCCAUUCCGCCUCCUGUUUUAGUAUUUGGCUCAGAGGUUUCCUAAAUGGUCACAUUGAAAUCGCUGUGGUCCAAAUGUGAUUACUUAUUCACUCAAAUUGUCACUGUCUGUAGCACACUUGUGCACCUGUUCUGUGUUUCUCCCUCCUGCAUUCUUGCUCAGUCUGUCACCUAUUCAUAGUCUGCUUACUCACACUCAGUUGUUACUCUUUUUGCUGCUGUUGUGUUUACAGUUUGCCUUUUGGAUGAUUAGUUGAGGUUACCAAACAUUUUUAAAAGAGACAUUAUCAAUAAAUAUUUUUUUAAUUCUAUAUUUUACCAUUAGGGGACCCUGCCUGAAUCUUUGCCAGUCUGAAGGGAAGCUAUUACAAAAGCAAGAAAAGUUAUGAGAAGAAAUUGAGCUAAAACUAUUUUGAUGAUAGUAAACUUUGCCUUUUGGUUUCUGUUAUAUUUUGUGAUAUGUGAUAAUACACAAGAUCUGCCCAGUAUUUCACUGCACAUUUUUCCUUCCAUCAAGCUCCACUAACUUAGGAGGCAAGCAAAAUGCGUUUUUAGUGAGGAGUAGAAUGGCAAAUCCCAAAACUGAGCCUGAAACUUCUAUCACCCGAACUCAGGCAUGUUGUGUUUUCACUGAAAUCUGUGUGUGAUCAGUGACAUCUCUGAAUUUGUGUCUGUGGGGUUGAUUUGUUUUAGUGGGAAUGCUGCUAAAGGAGCUGUGCCAUCUAGCCAAUCGGUGUCUCUCCCCCGCUUAGCCUGUCAGGGAUACAAGAAUGAUCCUGUAACAGCUGGUCAACUGUAUGUCAGUGUUGAUGGUCAUCACAUUUAAUAUUGGAGCCUCAAAGGACCAGAACCUUUUCAGAACCUGUCAACCAUCUCUCUCUUGUGUAGCCAGGUGAGGGAAUUAAAGAGACCAUUGAGAGGAAGUAGGGGAUUCAUUGCCCAUAACAGAGUCAGAGAAGUCAUCUCCCCCUCACCCCCAAAUCAUACAGGAUGAGUUAAAUGAGUUUCUAAAGUAUUAGAAGUAGAUUUCUAAAUCCUGAGGUUAGAAACCUUGUGUGCUUUGUUUUUUUUUUUAAUAGGAUAACCUUUUUUGACCACUUUUGGUCUUUUAGAACAUUAAUGUGCAGCCUACCAUGAUCUUAAGACUAUCUGCAUGAUUCAGGCUUUUAAAGGGUUUGUUUUAAUGCUUCAAGUACUGGUUCAACCAGCAUGUGUAAGAAUUGUGUGAUUUAUUUCUUCACAGGCAGUUAUGAAAGGGUUCUAGAAAUGUAUACAACCCACCAGUAUUUAACAUGCUACAUUUU